AUUUGUAGUUACUUGAUGAAUUUGACUUGUGUGGCCGUUGGUUUUCAAGAUGUGUUUACUAGAAAUCAAAUUUCCUACCUUACUUUACGUGAUACCAUUGUCACGUUAUAUGGUUUAGUUUUUCUGCACGUCAGUUUGGAUGCACUUCAAGUUUUCGUCCCUGCUAACAAUUUUACAACUUUAGUUCGGCCAAAAAUGAACUCAGAAGAUGAAGCUAAUGUAACUUCACAAAAGAAAGAAAAUAAAACUAAUUCACCUAUGUUAGAAAAUGAGAAAAGCCCUAAAUCGAGGAAAACUUCAAAAAAGAAGCAAAAUUUAGUGGAUACAACCAACAAAAAUGAAGAGACAAAAUCGAAUAGUGAAGAAUCAUCUGAAGAUAAAGGUGAGACCUCUCCUAAGAAACAAAAAUCAGAUGAGAACUCUCCCAAAAGCGAUAAAAAGAAAACGGAAGGUAAUGAAAAUGUGUCCACAGAUAAAUCCAAAAAGAAAAGUGAUGUUGCAAAGAUAAAGUUGCCUACGAGAGAGAGCACGCGAAUUAGUAAACAAUCUCAAAACGAAGAAAACUCAAAAUCUAAGGAUGGUGAAAAAUCGUCCAAUGACACCGGAAAACAAAGCAAUGCUACUGUUAAGAAAAAAGCUGCUGCUAAGAGGAAAAUAGAACCUGAGAGUGAAUCUGAAAGUGAAUCAAGUAGUGAAGAUGAGGAAAAAAAGAAAACCAAGAAAAAAGAAAAGCGUACUUUUACCUGUUUCCACUGUAAUGAAGGAUUUGCACAAACUACUGAACUUUUCAUGCAUACUUGCAGUGGAAAGAAAGAAAAGGGUUUCAUGUGUGAAGUUUGCGGUAAAACAUUCAUUUUGCGUAGCUCUUUCAUCAAUCACAAAAUCAUCCAUUCCAAAAAGAAGCCUUACAAAUGCACUUUGUGUGGAAAGAAAUCUUCUCAGCAAAGUAAUCACUUGUACCACAUGAGCCGUGAACAUCCUGGAGAAAAGCCAUUUUCUUGUUUGUUUUUUCCUUGCAACAAGAGUUUUAUGACGCGUAUGGAACAGAAAAAGCACCAUAUUCUUCAUAGAAAAAUUCUGUGCAAGUACUGUAACCAGAGUUUUGCUGACAGACCCACUAUGUUGAAGCACCGAGAAUCCGAACAUGAGAAAUAUUUUUCUGAUGGUAAAAGCAAGAAGUCCAAGAAAUCUCGUCAAGAUUCUUCAGAGAAUGAAGUAGUUGCAGAAGCGAGCAAUGAUGCCAGUGAUUAAAUGGUUUAAGGUGAAUGACAUUUUGUUUUCCGAGGAAAAUGUUGCGUGAAACGGGCAAAAUAACAGAAUAGUGCGGUCUUUUAUUCCUUUCCAUAAACUGAACAUAAGCUAUUAAAUGCAAACUGGGGUGUACUAAAAUGUGCAAGAUAAAAGUUUCGACGUAUGCAACUGUGUUCAUAGCAAGUGGUCAUUUUAUUUUAAAAUUAUUUACAUCUCAUCAGGGUCAGAUAUUUCAACUGCUCAAAAGAGAUUAUUAAGCAUUCAUAUUCUAAAAUAUAAAGCUCUUGAGCAUGGAAAUUCAGUUAAAUGUAACUAAAAUCUAGUAUUUUACUACGAAAUUAAUGAUAAAUAUAUUCAUAAUUACAGGUUUCUCACAAAAUUCUGAAGAAAAACUCUUACUUUCCGGUGGAUAUCUUUGUUUCACAAGAAAUGUUACAUCUAACUAUAUUUUUGGUCUUAAAGUUUCUAAAUCAAUGUCAAGCCAUGAUCUUGAAUUGCAUUACAUUAAUCACUAGUAAGAUAAAUUUUAAAAUUGGUACUGGAGCAUUUAAAAAUAAGAGACUACUUAAUGUUUACCAAACAUCGGGCAAUUGAAUCCACAAAUUUUAAAAGCCUUUAAAAAUUCAAAAACUUACAUUUUCUUCUUUAUUCUUCCUUACCCUACACCCAAAAUUUAAAUUCGGGGAUUCCAAAACAGUCUUAUUAUUUAUUCAUUCUAGCUGAAAAAUUAAUGAACUUAAAUAAAACUUUGAUCCAGCUAAUUUGCUUUAAUGCGAUCUAAAUUAGUUCUUAUUUAAUUUUCAGACAGAUUGACAAGGGUCUUCACCCAGGGGGGCGAGGAGAAGAUAUUUCGUCUGAGGAAUUUUAUACCGACAAGUUUUGAUUAUUUGAGGAAAAUCAUAUUUUUAUUUAUAAAAUUAUAUUCAUGAUGUGAAGGAUUGAAAAAGACAUAUUUAUGAUCAAAAACUUGAACGCUUUGAGUGAAAAAAUUACUGUGCAUAUUUUAUCUCGUGAGAGUAAUUUUACUAAUAAAUAUUUUACAAUUUAAGUUUUGGACAUUUAAUUUUAUUUCAAACAAUAGUUGCCGUUGUAUGCUUGUGGUUAAAGCCAAACAAUUCUUUAAAGCAAAGAUAGUAUGCAUUAUAAGAAAUUACGAAUUUCAAAUCUAAGGUAUUAAAACUCCGUAGCUUCUUUAGGUACCUUGGUUAAAGAGCUUCGAAGAAAAUUCUUUAUAAGAUGAUGUAAAUUCUCAUUUUUGAAAUCAAGGUAAAUUUACUUAAUUACAAGUUCUAGAAUUAUGGAUUCCUUUGCCUCGCUUUCAUAAAUGGCGAUUGAUUCUUCUGUUAUUGAAAUCAAAUGCAUUGUAAAAAUGUCCCAUGAAUUUUUAUGACUAUGACACUAAAACGAAUGCUCAUAACUGGGUAAAUGUUUUCUUUUAUCUAAUUUUUGCUGUUAUACUUAUUUUUGGUUUGGUGAUUGGAAGUGAAUUUCUUUAGUUCUUUAUUUUUCUUGAGAUUAAAAUCGUAAGUAUGCAGGCAAAGGCCCUUUUCUUACUCUUUUGUAUUUAUCUGUUAUAUUUGAAAUAAAUGUACAUAGUACAUUUAAUUAUUCAAAUUAGAAUAGAAAAAAAAAAUACGUGUGUGUGUGAAAAUACAGCAAAAAAUUUAUUUCUAUUUGAAAUUCCAUACAUUUAAAAAAAGAUCCUAGAUUUAAAUAUAUAAUUGUUCUGUUAAAAAAUUUUAUUAUUUUGUUAUAUCUAGUAUUCAAAGAAAUAUUUGCUUGUACUGAUUACUUAUAAAAAAAAUAGUUAUUUUUUUCCCCGGUGUUAUAAGUUUUCUCCCGUUGACUCGCUUUUUUUCUUCAAAUUCUUACUUUAUUAACUUAUUUGGCAUUAAAUUAGCAAAUUAAUAUUCUUUCUAAAUCAAAAUGUACUUUUUAAGUGGACAUUUUUUGUGACAUUGAGUUUCGGAAAUUUUUUUUAUGACAGAAUAUUAAAUAAAUUAUAUUAAAUAUUAAUUAUAUGAAAUGUUCUUUUACAUUUAUAUGUUAUUUGUAUUGUAUCGGUGAGUUUUUUGGUCAUUUUUUCCCUAUGUAAGCAAAUAUUGUUUUCCAAAAAGAUUUCAAAAUGACAAUUAUAGUGUAUGUAACUUGUUCCAGCCUUAACUCUGUUCGCCUAAUAUAUAUUUUAAAUCUAGCAUUUUGAAGUGCCAUUGAUUGUUAUAAUUGUAGUAUUGUAAGCAUUUAAAGAUUGUAAAAUUUAAAUAUUGAAAUUCGGCGAAGCAAUGUUCCCACAAUUUAUUUAACUUUUCUGUUUGUGCUAUUAAGAUUGGAAAUUAUUUAGUAAUAUGUAUUUAUAUUUGCAUAAUAGCUAUCAGUGUGUUAUUUUAAUCAUAAAUUGAAUAAAAAUUUUUUGUUU